GAGGAGGAUGCUCGGGUGGAUUCGCCCCUCGUAGCACCGGGAGUAUUUAGACAGACCUGCAGCCCUGUUCUCUGAAGCAGGAGGACUUUCAGUUUGGUGCAGAUGCUUUGGACCAGAUCAAUCUUCAAAAUGAGGGCCACUUCUUUCGUACUUCUCGCGCUGGCUUCGGUUGGGUUUUCCUUCCCUGCGGCACCAUCUCCAAUUCAAGCACGACAGGAACAGCAAACUGAUCUCGCUCCCCAGCAAGGACUUUCAGCAUGGGCCAAAGGGGCAACGACUGAGUGGCAAAUUCACUCAUCUUGCAAUGCCAGUGAAGCCAGACAGCUCCGGCAGGGACUGGCCGAGGCCGUUGAACUGGCUGGACAUGCUUCAGAACACAUCCUCCGCUGGGGGAACAGCUCAGAAAUCUACCAGAAGUACUUUGGCGAUGCGCCAACUGGGGAAGCCAUAGGCUUCUUGGAGAAGAUAGCAUCCGGAGAUAGAGGUGGGGUCCUGUUCCGAUGUGACAAUCCAGACGGCAACUGUGCUCUUGAAGGGUGGGGAGGUCACUGGCGUGGAGAAAAUGCCACCGGUGAGACGGUCAUCUGCCCAUUAUCAUACGAGACCCGACGGUCUUUGUUGCAGAUGUGCGCACUGGGGUAUACCGUGUCAGGAUCCGAGAGUAACACCUUCUGGGCGUCGGACUUGAUGCAUCGUCUCUAUCACAUGCCGGCCUUUGGAGAAGGUGCUGUCGAACACUUGACAGAGGGCUACGCAGAUGUUCUCGAAAUGGUCGACGAAGGGAAUACAACUAUGCUGACCAGAGACAGCGACACAUUGCAGUACUUCGCUCUGGAAGCAUAUGCCCACGAUAUUGCCGUACCUGGCAAGGGCUGUCCAGGAAACGUCACCGAAUCGCACGACGACGAGCCAGCUGCAUCCACUGCUACAACAGGUGGAGCGCCCGUUUCGACAACAGCAUCAGCGCCUGCUGAAUGCCACACUCAUUCCGAUGGGGAUGUGCACUGCGAGUGACUUUCCCUGAAUGAUGAGAUGUUAACGCAGCAUAAUACACCACUUUUCUUCUCUUCAACACCAAGGUCGACUUAAUUCAGCUGGUCCAUGGUCCUCACGUCGUUGCCACACACCUGAAUCUUGAGGUAGACACCAAUGUUUGCAUUGUCUCAAGACGGGAGCGACAAGAAUUGAGCUGCGAAGACGACGAGACGGCAAGACCGAAUGGAAUGCGAACCAUACGUCAUAUAGAUACAUACUCUUGUGCCCAUGCUACAGAGGGCCAAUAUCAACAAUAUCUUUCCUUUAAACAA